AUGGGUCAGACAUUGUCGGAGCCAGUCGUGGAGAAGCAUUCGGCUUCUGGUGGUGACGAGCGGAUGAUAUAUGGUGUAUCAUCUAUGCAAGGAUGGCGUAUUAGUAUGGAAGACGCACAUGCUACGAUUUUGGAUCUACAAUCAAGCUCCGAUGAGUCAGUAAAGCCUGCCAGCGCGGAAGAUAGACUGUCGUUUUUCGGUGUUUAUGAUGGACAUGGAGGCGAUAGAGUGGCAAUAUUUGCGGGCGAAAAUAUACACCAAAUCGUCGCUAAGCAGGAAGCCUUCAAAAAGGGUGAUAUCGAACAGGCGCUGAAGGAUGGAUUCUUAGCCACUGAUCGAGCUAUCCUGAACGACCCACGGUUCGAAGAAGAGGUUUCCGGUUGCACUGCUACCGUUGCGAUUCUUUCAUCAAAGAAAAUUUUCGUCGGCAAUGCCGGUGAUUCUCGAACUGUUCUCGGUGUCAAGGGCCGAGCAAAGCCACUUUCCUUCGACCAUAAGCCACAGAAUGAAGGGGAGAAGGCUAGAAUCACGGCUGCUGGAGGAUUUGUUGACUUCGGCCGAGUCAAUGGAAACCUUGCACUUUCAAGAGCGAUUGGUGACUUCGAAUUUAAGAAGAGCGCCGAACUUGCUCCAGAGCAGCAGAUUGUGACUGCGUACCCUGAUGUUACAGUGCACGAUAUAUCUGACGAUGAUGAAUUCCUGGUUGUGGCUUGUGAUGGUAUUUGGGAUUGCCAGUCUUCGCAGGCCGUGGUUGAAUUCGUACGACGUGGCAUCGCCGCGAAACAGGAGCUCUCAAAGAUUUGCGAAAACAUGAUGGAUAAUUGUCUCGCGUCAAACUCCGAGACUGGUGGUGUCGGUUGUGAUAAUAUGACCAUGACUGUUAUUGGCCUAUUGCGAGGGAAAUCUAAGGAUGAGUGGUAUGAGGAAAUUGCGAAAAGGGUUGCCAAUGGAGAUGGCCCAUCUGAAUUCCGAGGACCAGGCAUACAUCAUAACUUUGAUGACAGUGAUAGUGGAUAUGAUGUCGAUAUGGACCAAAAGAAUAAGCCAUUUUCAGCCAACCAAAGGGGUCGUAUCAUCCUCCUCGGGGACGGCACUGAAGUCUUGACCGAUUCAGAUGACACAGAAAUGUUUGACCAGCAAGAGGAAGACAAAGAUCUUGCAAGCCAAGUGCACAAGGGUCAGGUCACAGGCCACAAAGAUUCCGAAGAGUCGAAGUCCGGCGCUGGAAUCGACAAUAACAGUAGUACAGCCCCAGAUUACAAAGGUGUCGCAGAAGAAAAGCUCCCUAGCUCGGAAGUCAAAGAGGAGAAUAAGGCCCCCGGGAGCAAGUAA